AUGACGAGCAUCAACCGAUCGGAUUCUUGUGGCCUAACGCAUGCCCCUAACGAGUCGGCACCACGCGAGAUCUACAACCGACCAGUCAAGAGCUUCCUGAGCAAUGUUUCAAGAUUUAAGUUGAUUGAGACAACACUUCGCGAGGGAGAGCAAUUCGCGAAUGCCUUUUUCGAUACAGUUUACCUUAGAAACCAAGAUCAAGAUGCAAGAGCCCCCGAUCGGAACUGCUUGACCAAACGAACGAUUCGGAACAUUAGCUUACAUGAGGACAGAGCCAAGAAGCUUGAUGAGUUUGGAGUAGAUUACAUUGAGCUUACAACUCCGGUCGCAUCUCCACAGUCACGCAAGGACUCCGAGCUUAUAUGCGGACUCGGUCUCAAGGCCAAGAUUCUAGCACACGUGCGAUGCCAUCUGGAUGACGUACGAGCGGCCGUAGAAUGCGGUGUUGACGGAGUCAACAUCAUGGUGGGAACGUCGGCUCUCCUUCGCCAACAUUCUCACGGCAAGGAUGUUGCCCAAAUCAUCAAGGCAGCGAUCGAAGUCAUCGAAUACGUCAAGUCCCAGGGCCUCGAGGUCAGAUUUUCCACUGAAGACUCUUUCCGAUCCAAUCUCGUCGACAUUCUUUCCGUCUACAAGACCGUGGACAAGAUUGGUGUCAAUCGCGUAGGAGUUGCGGACACCAUUGGGUGCGCAAACCCGCGUCAGGUCUACGAUCUGAUACAAACCCUUCGAGGGGUCGUCUCGUGCGACAUCGAAACCCAUUUCCACGAUGACACCGGCUGCGCUACCGCGAACGCGUACACUGCUCUAGAGGCAGGCGCCACCCACAUCGACGUCACAGUGCUCGGUAUCGGCGAGCGCAACGGCAUCACACCCCUCGGUGGCUUCAUGGCGCGCAUGAUUGUCCAGAACCGUGGAUACGUCACUAGCAAGUACAAGUUGUACAUGAUCAAGGAGCUGGAAGACAUGGUCGCAGAAGCUGUGCAGAUCAACACGCCCUUCAACAACCCCAUCACUGGAUUCUGUGCAUUUACGCACAAGUCGGGUUAUCACGCCAAGAGAGUCUUGAGCCAUCCGAGCAACUACGAGAUCAUCAAUCCCGAAGACUUUGAGAUGACGCGAUACGUCCACUUCGAGUCAAGACUGACGGGCUGGCACGCAGUAAAGACCCGCGUGAGCCAGCUUGGCCUGGACAUGCCGGACGUUCAAGUCAGAAUUGUAACCGAGAAGAUCAAUACGCUGGCUGACAUUCGCCCAUUGGCUAUCGAGGAUGUGGACUCUAUCAUUCGAAGUUUCCAUGCAGGUGAAUCGCAUGACCAAUAG